GUUGUCGACGACUGCGAUGGAAAGACCGACGGCCCGCCGCUUGCAGUGUUCAACUGCUCACGCUCGCCGAAGUGUCUAUAGUGAGUGUCCGAACGUGUCAUGUCGGGUCGCGUGCAUUUUUUAAAAACCAAACUAUUCCCUAGAGCCGCCGCCGAGGGGGCGUUCGGUGUCAAUGUGGAAUACGAAGAUUUUGAUGUAGACGCGAAUUCGGUGGCCGCCGAUCACUUCGCGUCAGACAUACUGUUCGGCACGGUCACAACGAAAACCGGCGACCGGCAUGCCGUGGUGAUCAAGUUCAAAAACAGUAACGCUCAGCUGUCUGCCAUGAUGAACAUGCAUCAAAAAUUCUACAACGAGUACGUCUUCUACGCCAAACUGUUGCCGGAACUAGCCCGGGCGUCCGGCGCCGUUCCGUUGUCUGCGCUGUUUCCUAGAUUCGUCUAUUCCAAUGUCACAUUUGACGGUAAUUCCGGCGCAAACGGCGACGUCAACGAAUACCAGGUAAUCGUUGUCCAGAACAUGACUCCGACCGGGUACCGAUUGUCUGACGAACGAUUAUUUUUGGACAAGCAUCACGUGGAACUGGCGUUGCGCAAGUUGGGCGCUUUUCACGGGUACUCUUACGCGGCCAAGGCCAGCGAAACCGGGCGUCAGAAGUUCCUCGAUCUUGUCGGUCUGCUAGCCGAGACCGAAUGGUUCGAAGGCUACUGGUACAAGAGUCCGCGGUUCUUGGCAGGAACCGGCCACAGAGGAUUGAGCGCGCAUGUACUCAACAGCGAAACACCGUCCGAACGGUUGGACGGGAUGCGGUCGUUGUUGGAUGGCAACAGUGAAACCAUGGCGGAAUUGUUACGACCAGUGGAACCGAACGCGGUUCUAUGCCACGGCGACUUUUGUCGCAACAACCUGCUCUACAAGUACGACGAGACCGGUCGGCCCGUGGACGUGUUGUUGUUCGACACGGCGCAAGCGAGGUACGCGUCGCCAGCGGUCGACUUGUCCUUUUUCUUGUAUUUGAACACAACCGAGGAAGACCGCCGGCUGCACUGGGAUUCGUACAUAGCCGCCUACGUGGCCGGCAUGGCUAAAGCGUUUCCCGGCAUGGCCGCGAUCGACGUACACCAAGAGAUGCGACCUCGCGCCCUCUACGGAUACGCACACUGUUCAUUCUUCCUGCCAGCAAUGGUGCACCCGACGCCACCCGACGUAGAGAAGUUGACCACGUGCACGGACGACGAACGCAUCGAACUGAUCAACGAAUCGGGUGGACCCAAAGCGGACCACCUGCUCGCGUCCAUCGUAGGACACAUGAUCGAACGGCAGUACGUGUAAAUAGGCAGAAAUCUUAUUUUUAUACCGAAUGAAUAACUAAUAUUAAUUGUUACCUACGGGGUUCGACUGUGAUUUGAUGCAUGCACACACGUGUAUGAUACAUUUCUGUAAUAUUGUGUUACAGUUUUAGAGAUGUUAUGUCUGUUAUUUGUUGUAAUAAAAUAUUUUUUCUCAAAAACACGAAA